AGGAACUCACAGAGAAACAUGCAUCUUUCUUCCAUUUCCCUCAGUGGUCUCUUCUUCAUCUUAAACCUGCAGCUGUUCAGCACAUAUCCUGUCAGCACCGGCUUGACUGACAAUGACAUGGACAUCUUAAAGGCGUUGCUUCACAGACUAGAGGAGUCAGUUUCAGAGCAGACUGAGGUGGAGCAGAGAGUCCCAGCAGAGCAGGAUGGUUUGGGCAGCCUUAAUGUAGAGGAGGCAGCAGAUGGACAGCAACCCCAAACUGAACUGGAUGAGGCAGUGAUCAGGGAAUUUCUCUCAGCCAAGAACCUCAAGAGCAUCCGCAAUGACUCAUCCAGGAGAUCCUCUGGCUGCUUUGGUCGACGGAUGGACAGAAUAGGCUCCAUGAGCUCGCUGGGGUGCAACACUGUUGGCAAAUACAAUCCAAAGUAA